AUGAAGCGGCUGUGGAGCCCGGUCUUCCUACUGUUGGGCUUGUCAGGCUUGGGUCUGGCGUAUAAAGUCCUGCAUUCCGAGGAUCCUGAGGAGGAGGUGGAGCUGGAGGAUCCUGAGCUCGAGGCACCAGUCAGCGCGGUUCCGCUCUAUGCCCAGCUGGCUGCAGCCAUUCCUUUGGUGACCAUUAACCUCACGAACUUUACCGGUCUCAUUAGCGACAAGAGUGCUCCACACAACGAGAACAUCACCUAUCACUUCGGUUUCCUCGAGAGUGACCUGGCGAUGUUGUCAGACAAAGUGAGUGGCUACUACACCGUCCUGCACGAGAUGUUGGGCGAAGCUGGGCCGACGCUCUGCCCACGUGACAAGCAAAGCCACAUCAAGGAGUGCCUCAUGAUGGCCACGUGCCUUUUGCAAGAGCACGUGCCGGAAGACAUCGAGGUGGCCCAGUACACGACAUACAUGGAGGUGAUCACGGCCUUCGUGGAGAUCGGCUGGCCGGUUCUGAAGAAGGGCUUGCUGUUUGAGCAGCUUUAUCCCGCAUUGCACUACGACGACGUGGCCCCAGCACAGUACCAGUGCGACGAGCUCCAACAUCCAGAAACACCUUUCGGUCACCCUCCAGCAAAUUUGUUGCAAAUGGACGCAAAGGCUCAGCGCACCUUUGCGAUGUCCAAAGCACUGAGCCAGGCCUCCAAACAGACGCAUGAGGUCUUAGAUGCACACGCGAAGGAGAGCGCAGACGUGGACGUCACAGUGCAGAAGCUGCACCAGGUUUGGCAUCCCAUCUGCAAGGACUUGAAGUGCGAUCACGGCAACUUCUGGGACCUGCAUUUUGCCUCACACCGUCAAACGACGGCGCUCAUGAAGCUGAACUCCGCACGACAUGUCCGUGCAGAAGCUCAGGUUUGA